GGUAUGAUGAGAUACGUAGUUAGAGUAUGAAAUAUAAUUCACCUCUAUCAGUUAAUUAUUUAGUCUCUUCGUUCACUACAAAUUUAUGCCUUCAUAACAUUUUUUUCUUUCCCUCAGUUGGUUUUAAUUCUCAAAUACUACAAUACAUUAAGAUCUAGCAUAAUCAAGGAUCAAGGACUCCCCUUCCUCUUACCGCAACAAUGGGUGAAUCUCGACACAUAUUAGAAGAUCACCACUACAAGGAAAUAGCAACGAUUGCUCAAAAGCGUCGAGCUGAUUCUUUACCCAAAGAAUAUCUUCUUCCUGAGGGAGCUCUAAAAAACCUUCCACGAAAUGUUACUAAUAUGCCAAGAUCAUCUGGUCAUUUCACCCACGAGGAAUUGGAGAUAAUUGAAUCAGAUGCGGAAGAUAUACUUCAAAAGAUCAAAGAGAGAAUCUGGACGUCUGUUCAAGUUACCAAAGCAUUUUCUAAGGCUGCUGUUGUUGCCCAUCAAUUGGUCUGUUCUCUUCUAAUCCAUGAAUAAGCACUCUCUAACCAAUCUUUCAGACAAACUGUUUAACAGAAAUUCUUAUUCCAGAAGCUCUUAAACGAGCAGAAUUCCUAGAUGAUUAUCUCUCUAAAACUGGGGAUGUCAUAGGUCCACUUCAUGGUCUUCCAAUCUCUCUCAAAGAUUGCUUCAUAACACCACCUCAUCCAUCAUCUAUCGGUAUGGCAUGCUAUGCCAAUGUACCCACAAAUGCAGGGGAUGAAACGGUUUUAGUUUCUUUAUUGGCGAAGCUUGGAGCUGUUUUCUAUGUCAAGACUGCAGUACCUGUUGCAAUGAUGAUGAUGGAGACAAUCUCAAAUGUAUGGGGCGAAACUAAUGGUGCAUAUCAUACAGGUACGACUUCAGGAGGAAGUUCUGGUGGUGAAGGUGUGCUUUUGGCUAUGAGGGGUAGUCCUUUGGGGAUUGGCACGGAUAUUGGAGGUAGUAUCAGGAUUCCUAGUGGCUUUAAUGGGAUUUUUGGAUUAAAACCUACGUACGUACAUUCUCUCUCUCCACAAUAGACAGGCAAUAUUGACGGAAAGUAUAUAGUUUUGGCAGAUUCCCCAUCUACGGCACUAAAUCUGGGAUCUCAGGACAAGAUUUCAUCUACUCCAAUAAUGGCCCCAUGUCCAGAUCCCUCAAAACCCUCCAACUAUACUGCAAAGCUGUUCUAUCCUCCUCACUUUCACCCUGGUUAUACGAUCCCAAAUGUCUCCCAGUCCCCUGGCGAGACAACACAAUCCAGCCACCAGGCCGCAAACUCCGCUUCGGAAUCAUCUCCGACAAUGACGGUGAAAUCAGCGUUCAUCCACCUAUUGCCCGCGGACUCGCACUUACAAAACGAGCACUAGAAGCAGCUGGUCACGAGGUCUUCGAAUGGGAACCUACAAAUCAUCCCGAAAUGGCCAAGGAAAUGAAUAAUUCCUUCUACACACUAGGUGGGGCCGCUAUUCUCGAAUUAACGCGUAAACACGACGAGCCUGUAUUCGAAAGUAUGAAAAAUUACGAAUUCGCCUAUGACCAGGGCGAACAUGGAACAUUGGGACCAACGAAAUUGAGAGAGAUGAUUACGAGGAGAAAUGCCUAUCAAAAGGAGUAUCUGGAUCGAUGGACGAGUACGGGGAAGGAUGGAAAGGGUGUUAUGGAUGCGAUUAUUAUGCCCGCUAGUCCGUGGACGGCGCCGCGACUAGGCAUUACGCAGACGGAUGUUUUUUGUGUCAAUUUUACGGGCGUGUGGAAUUUGUUGGAUUAUCCCGCUUGUACUUUUCCGGUUACGUUUGCGGAUGAGGUGCUUGAUAAGAGGAGGGGAGAGGAGUGGAGCCCGUUGAGUGAGAAGGAUGCGAGGUUGCAGGCGGAUUAUGAGGAGUGGUUUUAUCAUGGGACGCCUGUGGCGUUGCAGUGUGUAGGGAGGAGGUUGGAGGAUGAGAAGGUGUUGGAGAUGGUGGGGGUUAUUGGGGAGGCGCUGACAGGUGUGGGGGCUGCGGUGAGUGGGUAGGGUAUUCUGGGGGUUUUGGAAUAGCUUGAAUAUUAGGAGUGGAUAUGAAAGG